UUGACUUUGAGCUUCAGGUUCAUGAUCCAGUUUUCAUUCCUUUCUCACGCUGAAGCUCUGUGUCUUCAGGACUUCAGGGAGAUCUGUGAAGAUGAAGAUUGAUAUCCAUAACCAUAUUUUACCCAAAGAAUGGCCUGAUUUGAAGAAGAGAUAUGGAUAUGAUGGAUUUGUCCAGCUCCACCACCACUGCAAGGGAGAGGCGAAGAUGAUGAAGGAUGGGAAAGUGUUCCGUGUUGUUCAGGAGAACUGCUGGGACGCUGAGGCCCGGAUACAGGACAUGGAUAAGCACGGUGUCACAGUUCAGGCCCUGUCUACUGUCCCUGUAAUGUUUAGCUACUGGGCAAAGCCUCAGGACACACUGGACCUGUCUAGGAUCCUAAACGACGACCUGGCAGCCACCGUGAGGCGAUACCCUAAGCGCUUCGUAGGCCUCGGCACUCUUCCCAUGCAGGUCCCUGAGCUGGCUGUCCAAGAAAUGCGACGCUGCAUGCAGGAGCUGGGUUUCCCAGGGGUCCAAAUUGGUUCACAUAUCAACACCUGGGAUCUGAAUGCUCCUGAGCUUUAUCCUGUGUACGCUGCUGCUGAAGAGCUAAACUGUGCGAUAUUUGUGCAUCCAUGGGAUAUGCAGACAGAUGGGAGGAUGGCCAAGUACUGGCUGCCAUGGCUAGUUGGUAUGCCUUCGGAAACUACAACGGCCGUCUGCUCGAUGAUCUUUGGCGGCAUAUUUGAAAGAUUCCCUAAGCUCAAGGUCUGCUUUGCUCAUGGAGGUGGCGCUUUUCCUUAUACGAUUGGACGAAUCGAGCACGGAUUCAACGUGCGGCCUGACCUCUGUGCUACCGACAAUAAGAUCAAUCCACGUAAAUACCUAGGAUCCUUUUAUACGGACUCUCUGGUCCAUGACCCGCUUGCCCUUCAGUUACUCAUCGAUGUUAUUGGGAAGGAUAACGUGAUGUUGGGAACGGAUUACCCAUUUCCUCUUGGAGAGCUAGAGCCGGGAACAUUGAUAGAGUCAAUGAAGGAAUUCAACGGAACGCUAAAGGACAAACUCCUGGUGGGAAACGCCCUUAAAUUUUUAGGUCUUGAGAGGAAACAGUUCGAAUGACAUGCCGGGGGACUCGGUUUCCUCUCUUAUGGGAGAGAUGACUGCUUCCAGAAAUAUGAAAACGUCAUUGAACGAUUUCUACACAGGCAUUCUUCUUCAACGAGAAAUCCAAUAUAUGUACACUAUUAUAGACAUGAGAUUUCCGUGUGUGCUUUUUUAACAUCCCCUUCCACCCAUUUGCUAUUAUAAUAACCUCCAUUCUUCUGGGAAGAUGCUCCACUAGAUUUUCGAGAGUUCUUGUGGAGAUUGGCGCUAAUUCAGCCACAAGGGGGCGUUACUACAAUCAGGUACUGAUGUAGGGUGAGGAGGCGUGGGGUGCAGUUAUAUUACGAUCCAUAAUAAUCAUGAUAAUAAAGUUUAUUUUGUAUAUUGCA